AUGGAUAGCAAGUUGCGACGGCGGCAGCGGCGGUGAUAGGUAUAAGCAUGGCUGAUGGCACAGGAAAAGGAAAGCACGACGACGGGCAGUGAUGGCCGCAACAGAAAGACGAUUAUAUAUGUGAUGCACUCAGUUUUUAUUUAUAUUCUGAGGUUUGUAUUGUGAUCAGUGAUUAGUGAAGUUGGUAAAAUCGAGAGACAAGUAACCACAGCCACGACCCCAGGUAAAAGCAGCGACGUAAUUAGGCCCCCGUCGAGUUGCAAUCUCGGAAUGAAUAAGUGAGAAUGGCCGAGGAAGGCACAGGAACAGGGGGCUCAAGCGGCGGCAGCUGCAGCGGGAGCAGCAUCGCCGGAGGCAGCGCAACCGGCGAGGCGAGUCGACUACAAUUGCUCCAGGAAAUGCGACAACAGAAUUUCGAUAGCAUCCGUUUUUCCUGUUAUCGCACCGCGUGUAAGCUUCGCUUCAUUCAGAAGAAAGUGAACUUGCACAACGUGGAUAUAUGGAACGUGAUUGAGGCUUUUCGGGAGAACAGUCUGAAUACUCUGGAGCCGUCGAGUACACUGAGUGUGUCGCGACUCGAGACGCUGCUGUCCUCCCUCUUCCAUGCGCUCAACAAGAGAGUGCCGCUUUCGCAGCAGGCCAAAGUUGACUCUACGACCGCCUUGCUCAUGAACUGGCUGUUGGCCGCUUACACCAACGGAGACAACAAGAUCUCGGUCUUUUCGGUGAAAAUCGCCUUAGCUACUCUCUGUGCCGGCAAGCUCAUGGACAAGUUUCGUUACAUCUUCUCGCAAAUAUCGGACGGUAAUGGUCACAUGAUCCACUGGAAAUUCGCCGAAUAUCUGAAAGAGGUUUUAGCAUUGCCAGCUGCACUUUACGAGUCACCGUCUUUUGGUUACUCUGAUGGUUUGGCAGGCAUGAUAUUUCCAACGAAUGCAAAAAUUACCGUCAAUGACUUUUUGGAUACGUUGAUGUCGGACUCUGUUCCGCGUUGUUUAAUUUGGAUGCCUGUGUACCAUAGAUUGGCAACAGUUGAGACUGUUACACAUCCAGUUAUGUGUGACGUAUGUCACAAAGAUAACUUUACAGGAUUCAGAUAUCGUUGUCAAAAAUGUCAUUCAUAUCAACUCUGCCAGAAUUGUUUUUGGCAAGGAAAGGUUUCCGGGACGCAUAACAUUGAUCAUGAUACUAAAGAAUUCUGUAGUUUCAAGUCACCAAGCAAACAGAUUGGCCAUUCGUUAAGGAAAAGCUUCAGGUGUGUUCCGGAUAAAGGAAGAAAUAAUUUACCGAGAUUUCCAGAGCAACCUGAAAAGACUUUGGAUCUAUCUCACAUUGUACCACCUUCUCCCUUACCUUCGCAUAACGGAUUUCCUGAUCCAGGAUUUAUGGGACCAUUUGAUUCCGGCUCUUUAGAUAGUCGUUCAACUUUGAGAAGUAUGGAUAGCUCGAGACUUGACGAUGAACACAAACUAAUAGCAAUGUACGCUCAGCGUUUAUCACAAGAAGCAAGAACACCUCGCGCAUCGUCUAGACUGUCACAGACUGAGCAAGCCAGCCGUGCUCCAUCGGACGCUAAUUUGGCAUCAUUGGAUGCUUCAAGGGCUCAACGAGAACUUAUAUCUCAACUUGAAGCUAAAAAUAAAGAAAUUAUGCGCGAGAUCACAAGGUUAAGGAGACAACAGGAAAUUGAAGCCGCGGGCUUAGAAAACCCAGCUCUCAUGUCGGAGCUGCGAGCUUUACGUCAACGGAAAGAUGAAUUAGAAAGUCAUUUGGCUACGCUGCAAGAUUCUCGAAGACAGCUUAUGGUUCAACUUGAAGGGCUCAUGAAAAUGCUAAAGAUACACCAAGCGUCGCCUAGGUCGACGCCAAAUAGUUCACCACGCAGUACAAAAUCACCACCGCUACCACCAGGUGGACUGCCCAGCAGUAGAUCGGCUCCACCAACUCCAGGUGGACCUCUUAGUGCCAUGUCCAAUCAUCAGCAGCAACAAACAACCCAACAGCAGCAGCAACAGCAGCAGCAGCAACAGAUGUCGCGGAGCUAUCAAAGUCCCGUGCCGCCAACUUCUGUUGGCGCUAACGCUCAGUCAACAACGAAUAAUUCUGUCCAUGGUUCUAUGCACAUUAAUCCAAUGCCGGACAAUUUGUCUUGCGUUGGAGGCGAUGUAAGGUCUGCGUUCAGGACAAACAGCCUUCCCGGCAGUGGUUCUAAUAGCGCCAAUAAUAGUUUGGGACGAUCACUGAGAAAUGACCUGUUAAUAGCUGCUGAUAACGUUACCAACGCCAUGUCAUCGCUAGUGAGAGAAUUGAAUUCAGACUCAGACGAGGAGGACCGAUCAAUCAAUUCUGUCCGCCAUAACAUCAAAAAACCCUUAGAUUUUGAAGUUGGCGAGGAUGGUGACGAUAGCAACAGCGGUUGUAGCAAUUGGCGUGACGAGCUGCAACGGCGCUACCAGCAAGAAAAUGAUUUCUUGGCAGAGCUACGUGCCCGCAACGCUGCUCUUGGAUCUCAGGUGCUCAGCAAUCAGACUAAUCAACAUCACAAUCAAAUGCAGCAUCAAAAUCAGCAUCCAAAUCUCAUUCAGCAUCAUAAUCAAUACCCAAGCGCAAUGCAACAACAUCUCGGUCAAUAUCCGAACCAGCCUCAGCAACAAAAUCAGUACCAGCAGAACCAGCAGCACAACCAAUUCCAUAACCAAAAUCAAAUCCAAAACCAAAUUCAGAAUCAUAAUCAUAACCAGAAUAAUCAUCUACGUGAGCAUAGCUUGCACCAUAAUCAGCAGCAAAAUCCUGGUGAACGAGAAGAAGCUGAAGGUGAAAAAUGCGACGAUAAUGACGUCGAGUGGGCCGAGCUCAGCGCCAAACACUGGCCAGUCAACCGAUAAAUUCAAACCUAUAUAUCUAUAUAAUUAAUUAAUUUAAUUAUCAUCGCAUAUCAUCUCUUAUUAUAUACCCGCCUGCUUUUUCAACUUCAUUAUUUUGUCAGUAUUAACGAUUCAACAAACAGCAGCAUUACUUGAUUCUUGUAGAGACAGGCUUUUAUAAGGCUUGCUGAAAACGAAUUUCAACUUUUUUAUUAGCCUAUUCAAGAUAAUACCAGUACAAUUCUUCCUAAAUUUAGUUCUUUCUCGUUUUUCAUUUCAGUCAACGGACAUUCAAAUUGAGCCGUCCUUUCGAUCUUUACUAUUUAUUUUCAGUCUGUAAAUUUCAACAUUUCUCAUCGGAAAAAAACCACAAAGUACAGCAAAUUUUAGUUGGUAUUAUUGAAACACUUGAAAACUAGAGUACUAAUAUUUUCAAUAAAUAACUUUUAUUAGGAAUACAGUACCUACGUACUAUUUUAAUAACUCAUUCGUCCAAACAGAUAAGAGCAGAUCGACUGCCCUGCUAAACCCUGCUAAAACGAGGACAUUGAUCUAGAUUGAGUCGAAUUCAACAUUAUUAAAGUGCUAAAAUUCGAAACUUUAAUUGAUAAAAGGUGCUUUCAAUAUAUUUACUCCGUUUAAAAACAUGCUUCAUCCUCUUAAUCAUGAUAAGUUUUAUUUACUAGUUACUUCUUACAUUAUAUGUGUUGAUACAAAUAUAAUUUACGUCAAAGAAUAAGUAUUUAGCUAAAUAUAACACAUUAGCUGUUCUAUCCUGAUUAAUGAAUGCAAAAAACUUUAACUUACAAAUUAUAUUUAAUAGCAUUUUUUGUAUUGGAUUUAUCUCUAUAUAUUAAUAUAGUUAAAUAAAACUUUAAUUAAUCCAUUAAAGCUGAUGCAAAGACCUGAUUGAAGCAACAAUAUCAUUAUGCCAUCUUUGCAUAGUCGAGAAAUAAAAUAUGCGUGUUUUUGUUUUGUCAUACGCAGUUAUUUAUAAAUACUUCUUUGACGUUUUCUAUCAGACUGUAAUUCAAUCAUGUAAAAUCGUUAUAAACAAUCACUUUUUCGACACUCCGUGCGGAAAGUGCGUUUUUCCCGCAUGCUCGGCAAAAAACGUGCGUUGAAAAUCGCACUUUCCACACGUCGUAUCAAAAAAUACGGUACGGCACAUGUUCGGGAAAGAGUUUCUCGUCUUGUGUACCUUUCCACACUCGCUUUCCCGCACUUGUAUCGUAAUGUACUAUUUCAGAAUUGCUGCAGAAUGAAAUUGUUUGUAAUGAUUUUACACCAUCAAAAUGAAGCCUGUUUAUUUUUAUUUACAUAAUGGAUGGCAUAGUUACUUUGGCAUUAUCUAGACUAAAUUCGUCUUGGGUUAGGUAUUAAUGUGCAAAAUUCAUGUUUUCCAAUAAAUUGCGAUAAAACAGAAUACAUAAUUUUGACAUUAAUUUUGCACAAAAUUGUCAUAUUUAAUCUACCGUCAUUUGCAAACGCCCUAACUUUUAUAGGCAGAAAUUUAAUUCUGCAAUAUAUUGUACCCAAGACUGGGUUAGUUGGCGUCAAACUGACCAUGCAAUUCAUAGCAUAAUCGAAAAUAAAAAUACCCGUGUUUUUUCCUUUGUAAUUUUCAAAUUUUUAUAAAACAUUAUUUAAACAAAUGAUCCUCAAGAUUACUAUUUAAAAAAAAAAUUCCACCGAUCGAGUCUACGGGAAAAAUUACGAAGAAAACUUUUACAGCAUUUUUUUGUGAGAGUUCAAUUUGUUAGUGUAAAAUGCUAACAAAAAAUUGCAGAAUAAAGAGUAACAGAAUCUACGUCAUGGCAAGAACUAUUUCUAUAACAAUCUGAACUGACACUAAUUAGUACUUUACAUUUUUCUGAAUGACAAUUAUCGCUAACAUUUAUUCGUAUAGCCUGUUGAAAUGUGACGUAGACCUUCUUACUCUUUAUUACACUAACAAAUUGAACCCUUACAAACAAUGCUGUAGAGAUUUUCCUCGUAAUUUUUUCUGUAGAAUCGAUCGGUGAACUUUGUUUUUCAAAAUUGUAACAUUGAAGGUAAUUUGUUUAAAUAAUAUUUAUAAACAAUUGCAAAUGACAAAAGAAAAAACACGGGUAUUUUUAUUUUUGAUUAUGUUGUGUAUGGUAUAGUUAGUUUGACGCUAUCUAGCCUAGUAUUUGCCUGAGUCAAUUAAUGAUACAUCGAGUUUUUACGACAAAUAAUUUUCUCGUGCACUUUUAGGGGCUAACUCUUGGACUAACUUUCUUGCAGUAGUAUCGAAAUAUACUAAAUUAUUCUAAAUGCAUUAUUCAUAUAUUUUGUUCUUAAUUGAUUUAUUUCAUUAAUUAAUUUGAAUAAUUAUAAUACCUUUUGCCGAACUGACUAUUUUACCGUUAUUUUAGUCAUUGUUUAACAUUUUUAAUUAUAAAGAAUUUGUUUCAUCAUGUUUUAGAAUACUACGUAGCUCUAUUUUUUGUUUUUUAUAAAUCAUACCUAUGAAUUAAUGUUACUAUAUUAUCACGGUACUCCUUAUAAACAUUAGAACAGAGUAAUGACAUUUUUUCAUUGUGUUUGAUUGAGAAAAUCAUUAAAUGUGUUGUUGUACAUUAAUUUAAAUUAUUGUUCUACCAUUUGAGUUUGUAAAUACAUCAUUGUAAAUACGUUCGAGAUUAAAGCUGAAUAAAACGGAUGAAUUAAAUUAUUAACGUUAAAUAUAUAUAUAAAAAUAGACGUUGAACUAUUAUAUAUCAAUAAUUGAAGAAUUUAAUUUUACUAUUUUAAUUUUAACAAUACUUGUACGAAAUAUUGAUUAAGAGAUAAAUAUGAAGAACACAUCAGAUGCUUCUUUAUCUUAGUGAAAAACCAUAUUUAGAUAAGAAAAACAUUUCUUCCAAGGUUUACCAUUGAUGUGGACAACCAAAAAUAGUAAAGUUCCCGCAUCAUUUAUAUCUUUUUUUUUUCAAAAUGAAACAAUGUUUAGUUUUUCUUGAUAAGAUUUUGAAUAUCAUCAACAUUUUAUGAAAUCUUUCUUUCAUAUAGAAAUAAUAUAUACAAAUUUUUAAAUAACAGAAAGAAAAUGUAAAAACGUUUGGUCUCGAAUAACUACCUUAAAAUAUAUUUUUUCUUUCAUGUACAGAAAGUUUUUAUUAGACUGAAAAAAAGCGAACAGUCCCCUUUAUUUAAAGAAAAAAUAGGUUAAACAAUUUGUUUUCAGCGAUGCCUUUAUAAAGCAGCAAAUGAUGUAGUAUACUAAAUAUUAAGUAUUAACAACUGGGUGUAAAAGUACUUGAUAAACAUUUUUUAAAUCAAAAAUAAGGUUAGAACGAAUUUACAAUUUGCACUACUGUUUGUAAUACACAUACUUUAGCCUAACAUAAAAAAGCCAAUCGAUCGGUAAAUUUUAUACUAAACAUUGUGGCAAAUUCAAAGUGAUAUUUCUAUGGUGAACUUGUCAUUUUCUUAUCAAACAAUUAUUCUGAAAAAUACGUAAAAAGUCUACCCCAUAAGAUACAAUAUAAAGUUGACCAACCCUACGGUUAUUGAUUGUUGUAAAUUUUACCUAAUUUGCAUAAAAAUUACGAACAAUUUUGUACAUUUAUAAACGCAUUCUACUUUAAGAGUAAUAUGCCAUGUCAUGAUCGUAAGUAUAAUGCUAUAAUAGUGCACAUUUGUAUAUUGUUAUUUAAAAAGAUUUUUCAACGGCAUCUUUUCCGUCAAAACCAUAAACAUUCAUUUAAAACCAUAAACAUUGAUGAGUUACGAAAGUGAUUUAAUUAUUAUAAAGGCAAAUGUACAAAUUAUUUAUGAAUAAGACUGGUAUAUGUAUUUGCUAUUUAUAGGUAGACGGUCUUUAAUAAUUUGACAUGCAUAGUAAAGAGAUAUAUCAUUAUGAACACUAAAUUUUCUUGAAGUUAGAAUAUAAUAAUUUUUAAAUUAAAGAGAAAGAUUGAGCUUUUACUUAUCAACAAAUUUCAUCUACUUAAUCAACAAUUCAUUCAAAUAGUUUCUUUUUUUCCAGUAAUAUGAUGAUUUUCAGUACUGUGCAUACGUUUUGAAUAUUUUACAUGAAUCUCUUAAAACCUACUUAAAAUAGCUUACAAUUAGUGUAUAUGCUGUAGGCGUGAUCAUUUAGCAAAGUUGGAAGCAUCCUUUAUUAAUAGUAUAUGAACGUUGUGGAUUUUUUUUCACAUCGAUACAAUAAUGAAGGACUCAAUAAAACUCUACGCACUUACAAGAUGGUUUUAAGUUAACAGUAUAUGGUUUUUUUCGAUGACUCCAUUUAUAUUAAUGAUGAAAUAUUUAUAUUGAUAUGUAUGUAAUUAAUGAAUUCGACAGAAAUUAAUGAUAAUAGCAAUAAAACGAACAAGAAAGACGUGGCUACAGUAAAAAAAUAUUAAAAACAAACAACCAAACAACAUUAGGUCAAAUUGAUUGCAUUGAGCUUUUGAAUUUCAAGUAAUUAUAAGCAAAUUAUUCAGAGUUGAUUAUAUUAAGCCAUAAAAUACGAAUAUCACUUAAUAAAAAUCAAAUUUAUUCGAAUAAAACGUUAUACUUUUAUAAUAACAAAACGUUUUAUAAUUUAUAUAUCUAUAAUUUAUAAUUUUAUAUUUUACAUUAUAAAUAAUAGGCUUUGUUUCUGAUUCUCAUAAUAAUUAAUUACAUGUUUCAAUAAUCUAAUUCAAUCAAACAACGACAGCAUUUUCAUUGGUACGAAAAAGAGAAGAUUUAAAAAAAUAUUCACGUUUACAAUUAAAUAAUGUAAGCAUUCAAGGUGGAUAAGAUUCUUAUUAAAAAGACAUUUUUACCAUUAUAACAUACGUAUAAUUAAAAUAAAGUAACGGCAGAUGUUUCGACUGCGUGACUGAAAUAUGUAAAACUUAUUGAAAUCAAAACUAAUGAACUUCAGUAGUAUGUAUAAACUUUAUAAAUGUAUAUCGUAAAUUUUCGUAUAAUGGCAAAUUUUUCAAUGAAAUCAAUAAAUCGUUUUAGUGCGAUUAUUAGUUGGAAUUGAUAAGAUACAUGUAAAUUCAAAUAGGAUAUAUAGUAAGCAUUUUUACUAGAAACUUUUAUACUGUCUUCCAUGCUAAUAAGAAAAAUUUGUUUAUGCAAUUCAUAGUUGCGUUAAUCAAAGACUGCAGUUAUUAAUACUUUAUUUCAACAAUAGUAAUUAUUCUUAUAAUUUUGAAUUGCGUUUAAUGGCUACGAUUAUCUGUGUAUGUCGACCUCGUUAAGAGUGAACUUUGAUAAAAAUUAUAGUAUUUAAUAAAUAUAGUAAUUAUACAUAAGCUUCCAAAACAAAUAGUCUGUUCAAGUUUAGUCAAAUUAUUUGAGUAUGCUUAUUAAAAGUUUUAUUUUGAGUGAUACUCACUCGUAGCGAGUAUUUUUGUUCCUAAAAGUUAUAAAAAGUAAAUUCCCGACAAAUAUAUAUAUGUAGUGCUCAAGUGCAACAGUCUGAAACUCCUGUAUCAAAAGUAUGAAACUCUAACGAAGUUGCGUUAUAAUGUAAAUUUAUAUUUGAGCAACGAACGUCCUAUUGCGAUUUUAGCUAUUGUAUAUAUUGUUUUGAUUAUUUAUAUUUUUAGUAUAUAGAUGCAUUGUAAACAUAAAUUUGUAGGAAUUAUGCGAGAUAAAUAAUAAAAAAUAUAUCGCUCACGUUUCAUUGAAUGAUUUUAAACUUCCCAUUUUAUAAUGGUACAUAUAAUAACGCAAGAAAAACUUGUGAAAAACCGUGAAUGUUUAGAAAUUUUAUAUCUUUUAAAAUGUU